AUGAGUCAUUAUACAUUAGUUAUGCUAGGAGGUGGUGCUGUUGGAAAAUCAGCCAUCACAGUUCAAUUAGUUUCUGGAGUAUUUGUGCAAAUGUAUAAUCCAACAAUUGAAGACUCUUUUAAUACUACAAUUGACGUUGAUGGAGAAAUGGUUUCAUUAAAUAUUGUUGAUACUGCAGGUCAAGAAGAGUAUUCAUCAUUAAGAGAUCAGUACAUGAGGUCUGGUGAUGGAUUUGUUAUUGUUUAUUCAAUUAUUUCAACCACAUCAUUUUUAGAAGUAAGUGGAAUUCGAGAUCAAUUAUUUAGGGUAUUAGAAAAAGAACCUGAUGAACAUAUUUGUAUGGUUCUUUGUGGUAAUAAAUGUGAUAUGGAAAGUGACCGCCAAGUUAAUACUUCAGAAGUAAAACAAAUUGCUGAAGAAUGGAAAUGCCCUUUUUAUGAAACUUCCGCUAAAGAAAGGAUUAACAUCUUAGAAUCAUUCCAAGCUUUGGUUAGAGAUAUCAAAAAAUGGAAUGCUAUCCCUGGCACUGAAAGUACUUCUUCUAACUCUUCUUCUAAACCUGAAAAGAAGAAAAAAGGAUGCUUCAUUUUUUAA